AUGCUGGGCCCCCGGGUCUGGUCCUCUGUGAGGCAGGGGCUGAGCAGGGGCUUGUCUAGGAGUGUGGGGGGCCGGGCCCCCGGGGAGGGGAGGAAGGUGGACAUCGCGGGCAUCUAUCCCCCUCUCACCACCCCCUUCACCGCCACCUCGGAGGUGGACUAUGGGAAACUGGAGGAGAACCUGCAGAAACUGGGCGCCUUCCCCUUCAAAGGCUUUGUGAUCCAGGGCUCCAACGGCGAGUUCCCCUUCCUGACCAGCAGCGAGCGCCUGGAGGUGGUGAGCCGCGUGCGCCAGGCCAUGCCCAAGGACAAGCUCCUGGUAGCUGGCUCUGGCUGCGAGUCCACGCAGGCCACGGUGGAGAUGACGGUGAGCAUGGCCCAGGCGGGGGCCGACGUCGCCAUGGUGCUGACUCCUUGCUACUAUCGCGGCCGCAUGAGCAGCACGGCCCUCAUUCACCACUACACCAAGGUCGCUGACCUCUCUCCAGUUCCUGUGAUGCUGUACAAUGUCCCGGCCAACACGGGGCUCGACCUGCCUGUGGACGCGGUGGUCACUCUUUCCCAGCACCCGAACAUCAUUGGCAUCAAGGACAGCGGUGGUGACGUGACCAGAAUCGGGCUGAUGAUUCACAAGACCAGGAGGCAGGAUUUCCAGGUGUUGGCCGGAUCGGCUGGCUUCCUGCUGGCCAGCUACGCCGUGGGGGCUGUGGGGGGCAUCUGUGCCCUGGCCAACGUCCUGGGGGCCCAGGUGUGCCAGCUGGAGCGGCUCUGCCUCACGGGGCAAUGGGAGGACGCCCAGAAGCUACAGCUCCGCCUCAUUGAGCCCAACACUGCGGUGACCCGGCGCUUUGGAAUCCCGGGGCUGAAGAAAGCCAUGGACUGGCUCGGCUACUACGGAGGCCCCUGCCGGGCCCCCUUGCAGGAGCUGAGCCCAGAGGAGGAGGAGGAGCUGCGCCUGGAUUUCACCAACAACGGCUGGCUCUGA